AUGUCAAAAUUUUUGUCACCUUCAAACUUCUUUAACUUUUUUCGUCAACAAACUUCCCUGCAAAUGAUACUCAUACUUCCUUCCACGAAGAUCCAACGACAUGUGGACGUUGCAGCCAGCAAGAAACGGGAUGUACCUAUUAGUUCACCACAAAUGUUUUUUCAAAGUGUGGACGUUGCAGCCAGCAAGAAACAGGAUGUACUUAUUAAUUCACCACGAAUAUUGAAAAAAACAUCGUGA